CCUGCUGAAGUCCAUAGUGCCACACAGGACGCCAACGUCAAGCUGCUGCUCAGGGUGGGGCUUUAAGCCACGUUCAUCCCCAGCAGCCGGGAGGUAGGGUCAGGUGUUAGUCCUGCAGCUCAGCUCACUGCCUGCUCUGUGGCUGUGCUCCCACAGCUCCUGGGAGGAAUGGAUGUGAACUUAGUCGCUGUUUUGGUUGUUCUAGCAGUCACGGUUAGUCAGACGUCUGAGACUUUGUUUCCUGGGGCCUUUAACUGCUGCACAAAGAUUACAGAAGAAAUUCCCAAAGGAAUUCUCCGAAGAGUGGAGAGGUUUGAAAUCCAGAAAGCUGAUGGCCUGUGUCACCUAGAAGCUGUUAUUCUCUAUAUAGAAGGCAAAAAGUUCUGUGUGAGUCCACGGAUUAAAAAAGUUAAAAAAUGGAUGAAGAAGAUGAAGCACAAGAUUCACAGAAGAAAACUUCAUGUUAGAAAGCAGAGAAGAACAAGAAUUACUAAAAAGAAAGGACAAAACCAGUAGCAUGAUGAAGCAAGCCCCGUGAUGAAGAUAUCUGUUGCAUAUGGCACUGUGAACAAAGAUACCAGAUUUCAUCAACGAUGGAUGAUUGUAGCAUUAAAAUGACUUUUUAAAUGUCUAAGUGCUAGAGAAAGCAGAGGCAGAAAACAUCACUUGUACUCAGAACGAUGCUGAUCAGAUUACCAGACAAAUGACAAUGGCAAUGUCUUGUAGCAAGUCUCUGUACCUCCUAGAUCUAUUGGCAGACUUAAAUUCUCCUCUCUCCCACCCUGAUUUCAUGGAAACCUCCCCUAUGAUUUCUAUUUUAACACGCUAGUAUGCUGUUCCUUCUUAUUCCUCCAUUUUUUCCAGUCCUAUCCCAAAAAUAGUUAUUCUUCCCUGUCAUCUUUGUGCUGUUACCUGUUUUGUUUCUAUUCUUCCAGACAUUAAUCUUAUUUCUUUCUUCAUUUUACGUAGUUUUACAGAUACCUUUUCAGAUACUUUCAGUUUAAGUUUGCCAAAACCAUGUGUCUUUUACCUAUUCUAAAGUCUCUGCUUCCAGCUGUUACUAUCUUGAAAUAUCAUUGCAGUGAUAAUAUCUGAGCCUGUUCAUAGGACUCAAAGUGUGGCAUGCAAAGCUAUGCAAUAAAGAUCAUCUCUAUUGCUUUUGUUCA